AAGAGGAAGAGCCUAUCAGUAGUUCCCUCGGGCGUCGGUGGCGGCGCUGCGGCGUGUAAACAGAGGUGACUCACUUGACGCCUUUGUCGCCACACCUGCUCCUCCCUGCGCUCCACCCCACACAGAGUGGAGAACAGCACUAUGAGAGACCAAGUGUACCAGCCAACCACCACCACGUUGGCCCAUGACCGUGGCAAGAACUGGGUACCCUCAUUUCUUGCUCAGAGCUCCUCAGGAAGCAUGUGGUCUCGAACACUGGUGCUCGUCAUCUCUGUCAUGUUUGCUGUGAUGGGGCUUGUAAUGAUCAUCGUGGGGGCCACCUCGUACCAGUCCCUGGAGGUGGGGUCUCUAAAGGAGGUGAACAGUACUGCCUAUAUCAUCAUCCUGUGCCUUGGGGUAUUAAUGGAGGUGGCGGCAAUUCUGGCCAUCAUAUUCUACAUGAGGAACAUGGGGUAUUAUGUUCCAUGUUGUCCGGGCAAGAUUGCUCUCAUCAGGAAACGCUUACAUGAGAACCAGAUGAUGGUUAAUGGGCAGUUGGUAAUGGCAGGGGAGCCAGUGUCAGCCCAGUACUGCCCCCCCACCCAGCCUGGUGUGGGCAACACUCCUCCACCACCUUACACGGAUGUGUCAGAGGAACAGAGACUCAUGGAGGAGAAGGUUGACCUUGGAGAGGACACAGAACGUAUUCUGGAGGAGGACCCCCGCAUUGUGCUGACUCCUCUCAAGCCCCAUGAGGAGUGCUAGACUCUCCCGUCCCCUCAGUGCCUAACACCACCCCCUCGCCUUGGGAUCAGCUGUUAAGGCAAGUGGGACCUGAACUUAAACAGAGGAUCUGGCCGAGUAAUGAUAUUAGCUUAAGAAAACAAAGGAAACUUAAGUUGGUGGGCAAAUGGAAUGAUUAUUGAUUGAUUUUCUUUUAUACUCUGUGUGUUUAUGUGCGUGUGUGCGUAUGUGAGUACAUGAGUGCAUGUGUGCAUGCAUACAUUUAUAUUUUCGUGUAUGCGUGGCACACCUUUUAUAUUCGCAGAAUUCUUUGCACAUGUUUCUGUGGAGUUGAAUUAUUUUCAAUUAGGCUGAUAAUUUUACCCUGAAAAUAAUUGAAUUGAAAAACUCAACCGUCGUAUUGGAAACAAAGCUUAUGAUGAUGAGUUUUAUGGAACUCUAGUUGCAUUAGCUAUUAAUGUAUGUGUCAGGGUAUAGGAAACAAGGAAGUAUAACAAAGAGAAGUGCAUAUGUAAUUGUGUGACUAUUUUUGAUCUUGAUUAAUUGCCAUUGCUUUAACAUAACAGGCUUCAAAAUGUUUAGAAGAUAAGUUUAUCUUUUGGCAAGACAGAAAAGCUUCAGUCAUUGGUUCAGUGUGUGAUUGAAGAAGGGAUUUCUCAUAGCACUGCACGUAACUUCAUAAGUGAGCAUUCAUUCCUGUUGAUGGAGAUUCCUAAUAUAAGUUUCAUUCCAUGCCAAGAGAUUCUACUAUUCACCCAAAAACUAUUUUGAGGCCUAAUUUCAUAACUAGUCUUUAAAUAAUUUUAGAUAUCUAAUAAUUAGAGUAGGGAGAGUAUUUCACCAUUUUGACUUCAUUGAUAUUAAGUUUGUGUCAUCAUUAGUAGAGGUAAUGAAUCCACUGUGUGUGUGUGGGUGUGAGUGGGUGGGUGGGUGAGAGAGAGAGAGUGUGUGUGUGUGUGUGUGUGUGUGUGAGAGAGAGUGUGUGUGUGUGUGUGCACAUUAUCAUGCCUGAAUGUAUGUCAGUGCCUAUUUUGUCGAAAGUUUACUGCCUGUCCUCCGUCCCUAAGUGAGUGUCCUUGCACAUGUACUUCAUCUUCAGGAAAGUAAGACGCUAAUUUCCCACCACAUUGUUCUCCCACACACUCAAGGCUGUCUCACUGAAAAACAUUCCACAAACUGACUUUAUACAGGUGUCAGUGCAGAAUGUUAAGUGUGCCUUAUUAGAGUGGCUGUAGGCCUCCUAGAGGUUCCAUGGAAGUACUGUGUGGCUCUGAAUAUUACUUUAUGGGUGCUGGAGGCAUAGCGUAGGUUGUGGCUAGGGUCUCUGCUGCAUGAAUUUUACACACACACACACACACACACACACACACACACACACACACACACACACACACACACACACACACACACACACACACACACACACACACACACAAACACACACACAAACAUUCUCUACAGGAUUAUCAUGCUUAUAGCCACACAUUUUAAACUCAUUCACUCAUUUUAAACGAGGCACCUAAAUUUGUAAGUUUUUGUCAUUGCACUGUUAUCAAUAAAGCUUAUUAUUAUUAC